AUGGCGACCUUUCUUGGUGGACUGAAAGAAAUGGCCCAAGAGACGAACCAGAGCCCUGUGCCCAUGCUCUGUGCCACAGGUUGUGGUUUCUAUGGAAACCCAAGAACCAAUGGCAUGUGCUCGGUUUGUUAUAAGGAGCACCUGACGCGACAGCAGAGCAGCGACCGUAUGAGCCCGCUCAGUCCAAUGGGCUCGGCUGCUAGUGCUGCAGAGGCUUCAGCUAUCCAAAGACUAGAAGCAAGUCUAGCCAAGGUUGAAUCUUCGCCCACUUCAUCACCAGGCAUGUCUAGAACUGUUCAAGGAUCUCUCCCUGUCACCCAACAAAUGACAGAGAUGAGUAUCUCAAGAGAGGACAAAGCUGAACCAUUAGAGCCUGUCGUAAACCAGCCUGCCGCCUCUAGUCCCGCCCCUGUAGCCUCUUUGAGUAGUGACGAAAGUAAUGGAGACACCCCGAAACCUAAGAAGAACCGAUGCUUUAUGUGCCGCAAGAGAGUGGGCCUUACAGGUUUUGACUGUCGCUGUGGCAACCUUUUCUGUGGCAUCCACCGAUAUUCCGAUAAGCACAAUUGCCCCUAUGACUACAAGGCUGAAGCUGCUGCCAAGAUCCGUAAAGAAAAUCCUGUGGUGGUGGCUGACAAGAUCCAGAGAAUAUAA